AUGGUGCAAUUCUGGACAGACGAAGAGAUAACAUCAGAAUCGAUCGAUUCAAUUAUCCAAAUUCUCAACUACUCCGAUCUGAUUGAGUUCUGUUCAUUCGAAAAGGACUCCGAUGGUACGCUUGAUGCUAAGAUUGUUUCGUCACUCAUCAAUCCAGUGUUGUUCCAAAGUCAGGAUCAGAAUGCGACCUGGAAACCGCGGUUAAAGAUAGCUCUAGAAUUGGAUCGAGUGGAUUUCGUGUUGGAGGAGAUAUUGAAUGAUACCAACUGGACGGUGAGCAUCAAAUUUAUCUUUUUUCUUGUAUAG